UGCUAUUUAAGCGAUGUUCCUGGCACUUUGCUGGACAUAACCACUUUUGCACGUGCAAGUCCGACAAGUGAAUUCAUAUCGUAGUGCAAGAUGAGAUCCGCAGCUGUAGCGUUUCUGGUCCUGGCGCUAGCCGUAUCCUGUCAGGGCGCGCCAUCCGAUCGUGAGGACAUUGCUGGAUCGAAAGAUACCGCACUGGCAACGUUCCUGCAACCGCUGGAAGCGAAAUGGCGCGAUGAUCAAACCAUCCCCGAGCGUCGUUCCAGGGAAUUAAGCUACUUCGGCACAGGCUACAGCUACCACCCGUACGGAGGACAUCACAAUCCCCUGUACACGUCACCGUACAGUCAGCAGGCUUUGUACAGCAAUCCGUACAGCACACCCGGCUACGGUAUCGGAGGACUGAAUGGAUAUGGAGGUGCUGGAGGUGGACUCGGUGGGUUGGGGGUUGGUGGUGGCAUUGGCUAUCUAGGCACCGGGGCAGGUGGAUACCCUGGAGCACAGUUUGGAUACUCAGGCUUUGGACAGGGUGCCGGUGCGUAUCCUUAUGGCGGUGGAUUUAAUGUGGGGCAGAGUCCGUACGGUGGUGGGUACGGUACUCAGCUCGGAGGAUACUACAAUCGGGGGCUGUACGUUUGAGUGAAAAAAGGGUUUCGAAGCGGUCGUGGAUACUGGCUGACUGACAAAUAAAAACGAACUUUAGGUUAUUGUUUUGCUGCAAAA